AUGGCAAUUCUAUCCACACUUCAGUCAAAGAAGUCUUUACCGCUUGAUGAGAAAUGGUUACUGGUUCCAGCAUUCUUGAAGGUUCGAGGCCUUGUCAAGCAACACAUCGUGAGCUUCGACUACUUCGUUAAUCAAGAGAUAAAAACCAUCAUGUUAGCAAAUCAGAAGAUCACCAGUGAUGCUAACCCUAACUUCUACUUGAAGUAUCUUGACAUACGCGUCGGUAAACCAUCCAGCGAAGAAGGCCUGAAUCAGAUACAUGACAAAAUCACUCCGCAAGAAUGCCGGUUGAGAGAUAUGACUUACGCAGCUCCCAUAAAUGUCGAUGUCGAGUACACUCGUGGAAGCCAGAGAGUCAUCAAACGAGAUUUGACCAUUGGUCGCUUACCUAUCAUGUUGAGAUCGAGCAAAUGCAUUUUGAAGGAUCUGGUAUGUUCCCUCUAGAC